GUUUCACUUCUUAGCUAGGUCAUCAAAACCAUGCACAUAUUUGGUGUUGCCCAUUGAAUGUGCUGAAGGGGAUGGAUGAUGAAGCUGGUUCACCUCUCUAGCCAACCACGUAUCGACACGUUCAAUUACUAACAGUAGUUUUCAUUCGGUUUCUGCAGUAGCAAGAGGGUUAUGGCGUCUACACCCGGUAUUCUAACACAUUGGCCAUGGGAGCCUCUUGGAAGCUUUAAGUACAUUAUAGUGGCACCUUUUGUGGUUCACAGCAUAUACUUAUUUGUAGUUGGAGCAGAGGAGAGGAAUGUUACUUAUCUGUUGGUAAUGAUCUUCAUGCUAUGGAGGAUGCUUCACAACCAACUCUGGAUCAGUUAUUCUCGUUACCGAACAGCCAAAGGAAACAACCUCAUCGUCGACAGGAGCAUCGAUUUUGAGCAAGUUGACAGGGAAAGGAACUGGGAUGAUCAGAUACUGCUAAUGGGGGUCUUAUUUUAUGCUGCCUAUUGGGGAUUAGAUGCUGUUAAAGAGAUGCCAUUCUGGAGAACAGAUGGUCUUAUUCAUACUUUGUUGCUUCACAUUGGUCCUGUGGAGUUUCUCUACUACUGGUUCCAUCGCUCUCUCCACCAUCACUUCCUCUAUUCUCGCUACCACUCUCAUCACCAUUCUUCCAUUGUGACCGAACCCAUUACAUCGGUCAUUCAUCCAUUUGCUGAACACAUUGUGUACUUCAUUCUCUUUGCCAUACCAAUGUUAUCAACUGUUUUACUCACUAAAACCGGCUCUGUAGUUUCCGUGUCCAUCUAUGUCACUUACAUUGAUUUAAUGAACAACAUGGGUCACUGCAAUUUCGAGGUCAUUCCUAAAUGGAUGUUUACCAUAUUUCCUCCGCUCAAGUAUCUCAUGUACACUCCAUCGUUUCACUCUCUGCAUCACACUCAGUUUAGGACAAACUACUCACUGUUCAUGCCAUUCUAUGACUACAUCUAUGGAACUAUGGACAAUUCAACAGAUACCCUAUAUGAAACUUCUCUUAAGAAGUUAGAAGAUGUGCCAGAAGUUGUUCAUCUUACUCAUCUGACAACACCACAAUCAGUCUACCAUCUCAGGUUAGGAUUUGCCGGUCUUGCCUCAAAUCCCCUGACCUCUAAGUGGUAUCUGUGGCUCAUGUGGCCUCUCACACUAUGGUCCAUGAUAUCCGCAUGGAUAUAUGGUCGGACAUUCAUCACCGAAAGAAAUACCUUCAAAAAGAUCAAGGCGCAGUCAUGGGCUGUACCACGAUACAGGAUACAUUAUCUCUUACAAUGGCAGCGAGAGGCUAUAAACAAGUUGAUAGAAGAAGCCAUACUAGAGGCAGAGGAUAAAGGAAUCAAAGUAGUCAGCCUUGGACUUCUAAAUCAGGGGGAGUAUUUCAAUAGAAACGGGGAGAUUUACUUGGAAAAGCACCCUAAGCUGAAAGUGAAAGUGGUAGAUGGUAGCAGCUUAGCUGUCGCAGUGGUGCUUAAUAGUAUCCCAGUGGGAACUUCUCAAGUUCUGUUUAGGGGUCGGUUCUCUAAGGUGGCUUAUUCCAUUGUCUCCGCCCUAUGUCACAAGGGCAUCCAGGUUACUACCAUAAACAAGGUUGAAUAUGAGAAGCUUAAAAAGGCUCUUACAACAGAAGAUAGCACCAAUCUGAGUAUUUCAGAAAAAGGCUACAAUCAGAAGGUAUGGUUAGUAGGAGAAGAUCUGACAGAAUCCGAGCAGUCAAUGGCACUGAAAGGAACAAUAAUAAUUCCCUUGUCUCAAUUCCCUCCUAAGAAAACAAGGAAAGACUGCAUAUAUCUCAACACACCAUCAAUGUUGGCUCCUAAAUCUUUUGGAAACUUGCAUUCUUGUGAGAACUGGCUGCCAAGGAGGGUGAUUAGCGCGUGGCGUGUGGCCGGUGUAGUGCAUGCUUUAGAAGGAUGGAAUGUAGAUGAAUGUGGUGAUAGGCUGUUUGAUGUGGACAAAGUCUGGGAAGCUUCCCUUGAGCAUGGAUUUCGCCCUUCCUUAACCCCUGCUUAGCUAAUUUACAAUUUACAAUUUACAAUUUACAAUUUAGUAUUUAGUUGGUGAUGAGAUUUUAUUGUUUUAUGCUUAUGAAAUUAAGAUGAACAAGCUUAGAAGGUCCGUUUCAUGUCCUUCAGAACUCAACUUGGCAAGAUUUGCUAUGUAUGUAUCUUGUGUGUAAGAACUAAGAAGACCUUUGCUAA